AUAUAUUGGGAUCCGUGGGAGGGGCGUGGCUUAAAAUUUGACCGUCUGGUGGUAGAAAACCUAACUAGCGAUUGUAGGAUUAUAGUAUCAGCUGAUCCGUUAAAGUACACGUUGAUGUGAAUAAAAAGUAAUUAAUUGAGAAAUAAAAAUGCGUGUGUCUAUCCAAGAAAUAUGUAAAUUUGGUUCUUCUACCCCCAAUAGUAGAAACUUUAUUGGUGGCGAAAAUAUAAUUGAUCGUGGUCAUAUAUUAAAUUGUGGUAUCGUAAAUAAUAAUAGUGAGAGUGAUGUUUACCACCUUCUCGCAUUUUGUUUACAAACAACAAGUUUAAAAAAUGAACCUCACGAAAUAAAUGGCCAAAUUUCAAAAGAUGGCAAAAUAAUUGGUAUGAAAUGUUCAUGUAAAGCUGGAUUAGGAGGUACUUGCAAGCAUAUUGUGGGAGUACUUUUGUUCUGUAACCGAAAUGAUCUGGAGAGUUUAAAAAAUAUCACUUGCACAGAUAAAAAAUGUGUUUGGAGUGCUCCACAUAAAUCAGCCCUUGAAAAAUAUGAUAUGAAGCCUUUACUGGAGCACAAUUGUUUUGAUGUAAAAAAAAAAAAAAGUGUUGAGGGAAAAUUAAAAAAAAAUAAACUGCAAUUAGAGAACUCUGAAACUACGACACCUACAAAAGAAGCUGAUGAUAUGUCAUUGGCUUUAAAUACUUCUAAUCAAGUUGAUGGUACUGAUGAUGAUUAUGAAGAAAAUUUUCGUAAGAUAAUGGUUGAAGAUAACCCUUUAUCAGCGUUAGCAAAACAUAUGUCUGGAAGACAUGCAACUUUGCAAGAAAUUAAUCAUGAUGACAAUCAUAAUUUACUUUUACGCCCCGAAAACAUUGAAGCAAUUAUUAUUAAUCAAAAGACAUCACAAUUACUUACAGAUGUGAAAAAUUUUCAUAAAAUUGAUCCCAUUAACACUUGUUGUUCCGCAGUUUUUAAUCGAUUGUCUGCAGAUGCGAUAACGAUUUGUUCUAAAAGUACAGAGUUUUACUCUGUAUGGCUAAGUGAACGAGAAAAUCGUAUAACAGCCAGCAGAGCUUACUCAUUAUAUACUUACUUUUUUAAUAAAAAACCAGAUUGGAGAAAAAAAUCUACUGAUUAUUUCUAUAGCUCAUCAUUCAGUAAUGAAAAUACAAAAUACGGGUUAGAACAAGAAACUUACGCACGCGAAGCUUAUGAAAGUUGUAUGUCAAUGGAAGUCGUUCAAUGCGGUCUAGUUAUUUCGGAGUUAAAUCCUUGGUUGGGAUGUUCACCUGAUGGGAUUGUUUUUGAAAAUAAUAAACCAUGGAAACUUAUUGAAAUUAAGUGUCCCAAAGAAGGUAAAAAAAAAAUAUUGACGACACCGUAAAAUCAAUCAAGUGGCUAACUAACGAACAUGGUGCUUUAACUUUAAAAAAAAAACAUAUGUAUUUUGCGCAAGUUCAAAUAAGUAUGGCAAUACUUAAUUUACCCUCUACGGAUUUUAUCAUAUAUUCUUCUUUUGAUAAGAAUAUAAAAAUAAUACCUGUUCGA